AUGUACUGUGCAGCAAGGUGUGUGUGUGCAUGCGUGUGUGUAGAGCCCAAACACAACAGUUAAUUAGCUGUCUUUGGAGUUGGGACAUUUGUUCGCCUAUAAUUUAUCUUACUGGGAAGUCUUGUAAUAUUUUGCUCUGCGGUUAAUGCUCAGGUCCUUGGCAUGCCAAAUUUGAUGAGUUAGAUUCAUUGAAGCUAAAAUCAUUAGUAAAUCUCAAGUAAGUGAGUUCUAGAAUGUUAUGUACCGAAAUUAAGACUAUGGUGCACGGAAACGUGCAGAAAUACAGGGAACAUACAGUAUAGUCGCCCAAUAAAGUCAUUUAACACAGUGAAAGUGAGUGCAGCCAGAAAUGUAUGCAAAACCAUUCAGCAGGCAAGCCAAAAUGCACACGUGCUGAUUAUACAGACCCAGACUGUGAUUUCUCAUACUUUUUGGCUGCUUCUCCUCCUUGCAGCUCCUGUAAUAAGACGUGCAAAAUCAAAUGAACAAAUACGUGAUAUGACUUUAUUUGAGGGUAAACUGCUCAUAAACCAUUUCAUUUAUUAGCCAUUAAUUAACUCUUUGUUCAUGUACUUAUUAACAUAUACAAUUUUUUUAUUUUAUUUUUUUAUUUAACCUUUAUUUAACCAGGUAAGCCAGUUGAGAACAAGUUCUCAUUUACAACUGCGACCUGGCCAAGAUAAAGCAAAGCAGUGCGAUAAAAACAACAACACAGAGUUACAUAUGGGGUAAACAAAACAUAAGGUCAUAAAAUACAACAGAAAAUAUAUAUACAGUGUGUGCAAAUGUAGCAAGUUAUGGAGGUAAGGCAAUAAAUAGGCUAUAGUGCAAAAUAAUUACAAUUAAUAUUAACACUGGAAUGCUAGAUGUGCAAGAGAUGAUGUGCAAAUAGAGAUACUGGGGUGCAAAAGAGCAAAAAUAAAUAACAAUAUAGGGAUGAGGUAGUUGGGUGGGCUAAUUUCAGAUGGGCUGUGUACAUGUGCAGUGAUCGGUAAGGUGCUCUGACAACUGAUGCUUAAAGUUAGUGAGGGAGAUAAGAGUCUCCAGCUUCAGAGAUUUUUGCAAUUCGUUCCAGUCAUUGGCAGCAGAGAACUGGAAGGAAUGGCGGCCAAAGGAGGUGUUGGCUUUGGGAAUGACCAGUGAGAUAUACCUGCUGGAGCGCAGACUACGGGUGGGUGCUGCUAUGGUGACCAAUGAGCUAAAAUAAGGCGGGGAUUUGCCUAGCAGUGAUUUAUAGAUGGCCUGGAGCCAGUGGGUUUGACGGCGAACAUGUAGUGAGGACCAGCCAACAAGAGCGUACAGGUCACAGUGGUGGGUAGUGUAUGGGGCUUUGGAGACAAAACGGAUGGCACUGUGAUAGACUACAUCCAAUUUGCUGAGUAGAGUGUUGGAGGCUAUUUUGUAAAUGACAUCGCCGAAGUCAAGGAUCGGUAGGAUAGUCAGUUUUACGAGGGCAUGUUUGGCAGCAUGAGUGAAGGAGGCUUUGUUGCGAAAUAGGAAGCCGAUUCUAGAUUUAACUUUGGAUUGGAGAUUCUUAAUGUGAGUCUGGAAGGAGAGUUUACAGUCUAACCAGACACCUAGGUAUUUGUAGUUGUCCACAUACUCUAGGUCAGACCCGUCGAGAGUGGUGAUUCUAGUCGGGUGGGCAAAUCAUGAACAACAGGCCUUAUACAUGUAUUUACUUGAUUUACUAGUAAACAAACAAUAUAAUAAUGUUUAUGAUUAGUUUAUAAGCAGAUCUUCAAAUUAAGCGCUACAAAUACAUUAAGGGCAUGCACAAUUCUUAAUAAUGUACUGUAUAAUCCAUUCAUCAUAAAAUAAAUAGUCAGCCCAUUAAUUAUGUUCUUUGAGCCUAUACUCUCUCCUGGCCCCAUUCCACAUGCGAGGGUCACGUCCUCUCUAAUGUCUGAUUAGGAACAAUGGAGACACAGCACAAAUGCACACCAGACAGGCUGAACCAGAAACUGUGUCCCAGGAGACUGGUUUUUCAACCUCAGAAGGCAGGGAGUGUCCUAAUACAACAGGCCUAUAGUUUCACCUCAGUACCCCUCACUACCUCCCCCCACUUCCCCUCCCCCCCCCUGCCUGCGGCCUAACGUCUAAUGCCACAGGAAAGGCAGGACAUGGGAAAUAAACAAAGUCCCACUUACGGCUGGGCGAUAUAUUUAAUUUAUGUUUUUGCGCGAUAUUCCAAAUACCUGUAUCGCAAUAAUCAAGGUUUUAUUAUUUUUUGUUUUUAUGAGCAUUUAUGUCCGCUUGUUCUCAUGUUGUAUUUUUGGCCCUGUCUCCUUUGCUCCUUCUGUGCUGUGUGCGCCUUACCAUUUACACCAGAGAUCUGUAUAUAAUGACGAGAUAUACAGUACCAGUCAAAAGUUUGGACACACCUACUCAUUCAAAGGUUUGUCUUUAUUUUUUACUAUUUUCUACAUUGUACAAUAAUAGUGAAGACAGCACAACUAUGAAAUAACACAUAAGGAAUCAUUUAGUAACCAAAAAAGUGUUAAACAAAUCAAAAUAUAUUUUAUAUUUGAGAUUCUUAAAAUAGCCACUCUUUGCCUUGAAGACAGCUUUACACACUCUUGGCAUUCUCUCAACCAGCUUCACCUGGAAUGCUUUUCCAACAGUCUUGAAGGAGUUCCCACAAUGCUGAGCACUUGUUGGCUGCUUUUCCUUAACUCUGCCAUCUGACUCAUCCCAAACCAUCUCAAUUGGGUUGAGGUCGAGGCAUUGUGGAGGCCAGAUCAUCUGAUGCAGCACUCCAUCACUCUCCUUCUUGGUAAAAAAAAAGCCCUUACACAGCCUGGAGCUGUGUUGGGUCAUUGUCCUGUUGAAAAACAAAUGAUAGUCCCACUAAGCCCAAACCAGAUGGGAUGGCGUAUUGCUGCAGAAUACUGUGGUAGCCAUGCUGGUUAAGUGUGCCUUGAAUUCUAAAUAAAUCACAGACAGUGUCACCAGCAAAGCAACCCCACACCAUAACGCCUCCUCCUCCAUGCUUUACGGUGGGAACUACACAUGCGGAGAUCAUCCGUUCACCCACACCGUGUCUCACAAAGACACAGCGGUUGGAACCAAAAAUCUCCAAUUUGGACUCCAGACCAAAGGACACAUUUCCACCAGUCUAAUGUCCAUUGCUCAUGUUUCUUGGCCCAAGCAGGUCUCUUCUUAUUAUUGGUGUCCUUUAGUAGUAUUUUCAUUGCAGCAAUUCGACCAUGAAGGCCUGAUUCACACAGUCCCCUCUGAACAGUUGUUGUUGAGAUGUGUCUGUGACUUGAACUCUGUGAAGCAUUUAUUUGGGCUGCAAUUUCUGAGGCUGGGGACUCUAAUGAACUUAUCGUCUGCAGCAGAGGUAACUCUGGGUCUUCCAUUGCUGUGGCGGUCUUCGUGAGAGCCAGUUUCAUCAUAGCGCUUGAUGGUUUUUGCGACUGCAUUUGAAGUAACUUUCAAAGUUCUUGAAAUUGCCUCUUUGCAUAUUAGAGCUGUUAUUUUUAUUCAUUUAUUUUAUUUUAUUUUUUCUUGAUUUUUUUUUGGAGCUGUUCUUGCCAUAAUAUGGACUUGGUAUUUGACCAAAUAGGGCUAUCUUCUCUAUACCCAACUACCCUGUCACAACACAACUGAUUGGCUCAAACGCAUUAAGGAAAGAAAUUCCACAAAUUAACUUUUAAGAAGGCACACCUGUUAAUUGAAAUGCAUUCCAGGUGACUACCUCAUGAAGCUGGUUGAGAGAAUGCCAAGAGUGUGCAAAGCUGUCAUCAAGGCAACAAAGGGUGGCUAUUUGAAGAAUCUCAAAUAUAACAUAUAUUUUGAUUUGUUUAACACUUUUUUGAAUACUAUAUGAUUCCAUAUGUGUUAUUUCAUAGUUUUGAUGUCUUCACUAUUAUUCUACAAUGUAGAAAAUAGUAAAAAUAAAGAAAAAUCAUUGAAUGAGUAGGUGUGUCCAAACUUUUGACUGGUAGUGUACGUCUCCACCCUAACAAUGUGAGUCGUUGUUCCAAAGGUGGGAAGGCAGGCGACAAGCUUAGGUCCAAAAUAAGCCCAUAGAAAUGCAUUGGCCUUAUUUUGGACAGAUCUUAGCGAGAGUGAAACCUCUCGCUUCGCGUCUUUCUCUAUUUUAUGGUUUACACACACGCCAAGCCUCUCCCCCUGCCUCUCACGCCAACAUCUUCCUCUCUGACAAGCGGUUUCAACUCGCUAUUUAUAUUUUGAGACGUUAUUUUACUGUAAUAGAGGAGAAGUUAACUUUUCUAACGAUACACUUUUUAUGUCUCAACUACUCAAAUUGCACGCGGCGCAGACACUACUAAAAUGAGAGUGUCAAUGAACAUUAAUUCUGGAAAAAUGAAUGAGCCAGUUUGUCGCGCACGGCACUGGGGUACCACGUACCGCUAGAAGCAUUUAAGCCAAAUACUUUUAUACUAGCUGUCUAGUCUGUGUUUUAUAAAUGUGCAAUAAGCAUAAAACACAAUUACAUAAGGAAUUGGCAACUUGUUCUCAUUCUGAGAAAUAAGGUAGGCCACUUGAUUUUAACAUCUGAACAAAGUGGACAGGCUAACAUGCUUUUCAAACAGUUGGAGAUCAAAAGAAGGGUGUAAAGUGUUGGUCCCAUGUUUCAUGAGCUGAAAAAAAAAAUCCCAGAAAUGUUCCAUACACACAAAAAGCUUAUUUCUCUCAAAUGUUGUGCACAAAUGAGUUUAUAUUGCUGCUAGUGAGCAUUUCUACUUUGCCAAGAUAAUCCAUCCACCUGACAGGUGUGGCAAAUCAAGAAGCUGAUUAAACAGAAUGCUCAUUACACAGGUGCACUUUAUGUUGUUGCGUUUAUAUUUUUGUUCAGUAUAGAUCGAAGUAGGCUACAUUUGAAAUAAAGAUUAGCUGGCUAAUCACUAGCACGUGGGUUUAAGAGAUUGUUGAUGAGACCUGUGUUAAUUUUCUAUAGCCUAAUGCCUGCUACAAGAAGUUAGUAAUUAUUAGUGAAUGUGCAUUAUGCAUGGUUCUAGUUAAAUUUGUAACAGAAAAGUGACAGAUCAGUGAUUAUUGAAAAAAAAGCAGGUUAAACUAUUUUGAUAAUAUAAUUAAAUUAUUAGUGGGUCUUAUGGUUGUGGAAGGCUUAUAUUUAACCUAGGUAUAACUUCACAAGCCCUGAAUUCAUUAGAUAAUUGCUGACUGUUUGAAAUGCAGUGUAUUUGACCUUUAAUUGUUCUAUUUUUGUUUCAUCAGACCAGAGGACAUUUCUCCAAAAAGUACGAUCUUUGUCCCCAUGUGCAGUUGCAAACCAUAGUCUGGCUUUUUUAUGGCGGUUUUGGAGCAAUGGCUUCUUCCUUGCUGAGUGGCCUGUCAGGUUAUGUCGAUAUAGGACUCGUUUUACUGUGGAUAUAGAUACUUUUGUACCUGUUUCCUCCAGCAUCUUCACAAGGUCCUUUGCUGUUGUUCUGGGAUUGAUUUGCACUUUUCGCACCAAAGUACGUUAAUCUCUAGGAGACAGAACGCAUCUCCUUCCUGAGCGGUAUGACGGCUGCGUGGUCCCAUGUUGUUUAUACUUGCGUACUAUUGUUUAUACAGAUGAACGUGGUACCUUCAGGUAUUUGGAAAUUGCUCCCAAGGAUGAACCAGACUUGUGGAGGUCUAUCAUUUCUUUUCUGAGGUCUUGGCUGAUUUCUUUUGAUUUUCCCAUGAUGUCAAGCAAAGAGGCACUGAGUUUGAAGGUAGGCCUUGAAAUACAUCCACAGGUACACCUCCAACUGACUCAAAUGAUGUCAAUUAGCCUAUCAGAAGAUUCUAAAGCCAUGACAUCAUUUUCUGGAAUUUUCCAAGCUGUUUAAAGGCACAGUCAACUUAGUGUUUGUAAACUUCUGACCCACUGGAAUUGUGAUACAGUGAAUUAUAAGUAAAAUAAUCUGUCUGUAAACAAUUGUUGGAAAAAUUACUUGUGUCAUGAACAAAGUAGAUGUCCUAACCGACUUGCCAAAACUAUAGUUUGUUAACAAGAAAUUUGUGGAGUGGUUGAAAAACUAGUUUUAAUGACUCCAACCUAAGUGUAUGUAAACUUCCGACUUCAACUGUACCCACAUGGGUGAUUGAAAGAUGAGCUGAGGUCCACACUCCAGUCCAGUUGGUGGUGGUAAUGCACCUUAAAGUUGGUUGCCAACCGCCAUAUAAAGUCCAAAGAAGAAGAAGAAGACUGAAGGAGGAGAGAUUACUAGAAACGAACUCGGUUUACCCUUUUAUCUGUGGAUCAAUUGUCGGAAUAGAGGACCUUGUGCGUUUCAGGUAAAAUAACAACCCACUGUUUAUAUCCCAGGACAAAUUAGCUAGCAACAGCAAGCUAGCUAGCUAAAUUGCCAUGAGUGUUUAAUUAUUUUUGACCUGUCCCCAAAUUAAUAUAGUUGGUUCAGAGUUCGUUUUGAUAUUUCAACCUGCGUGGCCUGAUCGCGUCUGGUGUGGAUGGACAAAAUCAACAUGCGCGCGAUGGCGCACGCGGAGGGUCUAGUCAGCAUGUUACAAGUGAUGAUGCAGUCAGUCCUGCCAGAGAGGAUGAGGCGACUCGAGAGGAUAUACUCCGUCCAAAAUCUGUCUGCGUGAGAUAAGCACGCAUUAGGUGUGCCUGUUGUUCACAUGCGUAUGUUCCCUCAUUGGCUAGAAUGGUCCCACCUGAUCUUGCCUCCUCCUGCCUGCCUUCCCUCUUUGAGGGGUCCUUGCUAUCCGUGAUCUUUGGGACAUCCCUACCCCCAUUGAAGUUGACAUUUUAAACGAUUCUGGUUAGGGUUAGGUAAGAGUUAUGGUUAUGGUUAAGGUUAGGGUAGGGUAGGGGUUAAGGUUAGCACAUCUUUGGGAAAUAUAUUUCCAUUGUUAGUGUGGUCACUCGGGUAUCUUGUCAAUAUAAUAGAUAAUCUUUGGCCCUACAUACAAUAGAAUAUAAGAUGUAACUGUUGUUCGCCAUUGUUGUUGUCCAUAGUCAAGUUAAUUGGUGCAUUGGUGGUGGUGUCGCUCUUUAGUACCCUUGCAGGUGCAAUGGAGUUUAUAACAAUGCUAAUUUCUGUUGACGAACCCUUGUCAGAGUUAGCACUUCUCGCUUCAAAAAAGUGAGACACUGGGUUCGGUUUUAAUUGACAGGCUUCUGUUUACCAGAUAUGACAUAGAAAUGGUAAAAUAGUCAUUUCAUGAUGAUUACCAAAUAAUUACUCUUUGGGAUUCAUUACCCACCAUUUAGUAGUAGGUAGUAGAAUUCUGUCAAGUAACGUUAGGUAGCAAUGGUAUCGUAUCCCUUAUGAUUUUAUAGUAAAGAUUGGGCAAACACCAUUACCAGGACUGUAAAGUAAACCAAUAGCCUACCAAGUUCUGCAAGUAGCGUUAUAAGCAGUUAGCGGGAGCUUCUUCGUUUCAAAGCCCUAUGAAUUGGCCAGCCGGUGCUGGAGUCUGGUGUAACUAACUGUACGGUGGGUGUAUGUCUGGAGAGUUCUGUGGAUGAGAAUGAUGGAUGAGGAGUCGGAUGACAGGCCUGGCCUGAUUUUUCGGGGCUACUCUUACUCCCCUCUGCCUCUCGUAAUCUCUCUCCAACACUCGUACCGUGCCUCAGAGGGACGAGGUAGACCUCCCGCAGUGCAGGGCGCUCAUGUGCUCUAAUGUUCCCCAGCUGGAAUUGACGCAGCCGUGACAUGCAGUGACACAGGCGGGGUGUCAGAUAGCCGACCUACUGACAGGCUGACAUUAAUCACGCUUACUUACCAGGCAGCAUGUUAAGUAACACGCCUCCUUUUCUUUCAUGAAACAUUUAGCCUGGAAUGUGGGCUUUUGAACAGAUAAUCAGGUGUGUUUCAGAGAAACAUGAUAUUUGCUCCUGCGGGUUUGUCUUCAUGUCUUCAUGUCUGUCUGUCAGUCUGGCCCCCAGCCUAAUGCGGUUCUGUACACAAAAGCUCUUGGAUUGAGUUUUAGUGAGGUCCGGGUAGCAGGGCGGCGUUUGGGGUGUAGGGAUUCUUCUAUACAAUUUAAAAAUUCUAAAUGCUAUUUGGAGAACAGCAAAAACAAGCAAAAAUGACCGCAGUCAUUAUCACAUUGGUUGCUGUAGCUUCAUUCACCUCAGUCGAUCUACAAACACAUAGCCUUUUAGAUAUAAACUCAGCAAAAAAAGAAACGUCCUCUCACUGUCAACUGCGUUUAUUUUCAGCAAACUUAACAUAAAUAUUUGUAUGAACAUAACAACAUUCAACAACUGAGACAUAAACUGAACAAGUUCCACAGACAUGUGACUAACAGAAAUUGAAUAAUGUGUCCCUGAACAAAGGGGGGUCAAAAUCAAAAGUAUCAGUCAGUAUCUGGUGUGGCCACCAGCUGCAUUAAGUAUCGCAGUGCAUCUCCUCCUCAUGGACUGCAACAGAUUUGCCAGUUCUUGCUGUGAGAUGUUACCCCACUCUUCCACCAAGGCACCUGCAAGUUCCCAGACAUUUCUGGGGGGAAUGGCCCUAGCCCUAGCCCUCACCCUCCGAUCCAACAGGUCCCAGACAUUCUCAAUGGGAUUGAGAUCCGGGCUCUUCGCUGGCCAUGGCAGAACACUGACAUUCCUGUCUUGCAGGAAAUCACGCAUGGAACCAGCAAUAUGGCUGGUGGCAUUGUCAUGCUGGAGGGUCAUGUCAAGAUGAGCCUGCAGGAAGGGUACCACAUGAGGUAGGAGGAUGUCUUCCCUGUAACGCACAGCGUUGAGAUUGCCUGCAAUGACAACAAGCUCAGUCCGAUGAUGCUGUGACACACCACCCCAGACCAUGACUGACCCUCCACCGCCAAAUCGAUCCCGCUCCAGAGUACAGGCCUUGGUGUAACGCUCAUUCCUUCAACGAUAAACGCGAAUCCGACCAUCACCCCUGAAAUCGCGACUCGUCAGUGAAGAGCACUUUUUGCCAGUCCUGUCUGGUCCAGCGACAGUGGGUUUAUGCCCAUAGGCGACGUUGUUGCCGGUGAUGUCUGGUGAGGACCUGCCUUACAACAGCCCACAAGCCCUCAGCCCAGCCUCUCUCAGCCUAUUGCGGACAGUCUGAGCACUGAUGGAGGGAUUGUGCGUUCCUGGUUUAACUCGGGCAGUUGUUGUUGCCAUCCUGUAGCUGUCCCGCAGGUGUGAUGUUCGGAUGUACCGAUCCUGUGCAGGUGUUGUUACACGUGGUCUGCCACUGCGAGGACGAUCAGCUGUCCGUCCUGUCUCCCUGUAGCGCUGUCUUAGGCGUCUCACAGUACAGACAUUGCAAUUUAUUGCCCUGGCCACAUCUGCAGUCCUCAUGCCUCCUUGCAGAAUGCCUAAGGCACGUUCACACAGAUGAGCAGGGACCCUGGGCAUCUUUCUUUUGAUGUUUUUCAGAGUCAGUAGAAAGGCCGCUUUAGUGUCCUAAGUUUUCAUAACUGUGACCUUAAUUGCCUACCUUCUGUAAGCUGUUAGUGUCUUAACGACCGUUCCACAGGUGCAUGUUCAUUAAUUGUUUAUGGUUCAUUGAACAAGCAUGGGAAACAGUGUUUAAACCCUUUACAAUUAAGAUCUUUGAAGUUAUUUCGAUUUUUACGAAUGAUUACUUUAUCCUAUCCCAGGUAUCCUUAAAGAGGUGGGGUUUCAAAUGUCUCCGGAAGGUGGUGAGUGACUCCGCUGUCCUGGCGUCGUGAGGGAGCUUGUUCCACCAUUGGGGUGCCAGAGCAGCGAACAGUUUUGACUGAGCUGAGCGGGAACUGUGUUUCCGCAGAGGUAGGGGAGCCAGCAGGCCAGAGGUGGAUGAACGCAAUGCCCUCGUUUUGGGUGUAGGGACUGAUCAGAGCCUGAAGGUACGGAGGUGCCGUUCCCCUCACAGCUCCGUAGGCAAGCACCAUGGUCUUGUAGCAGAUGCAAGCUUCAACUGGAAGCCAGUGGAGUGUGCGGAGGAGCGGGGUGACGUGAGAGAACUUGGGAAGGUUGAACACCAGACGGGCUGCGGCAUUCACAGAUGGAUGAGUUGUAGGGGUUUAAUGGCACAGGCAGGGAGCCCAGCCAACAGCGAGUUGCAGUAAUCCAGACGGGAGAUGACAAGUGCCUGGAUUAGGACCUGUGCCGCUUCCUGUGUAAGGCAGGGUCGUACUCUCCGAAUGUUGUAGAGCAUGAACCUACAGGAUGGGGUCACUGCCUUGAUGUUAGCGGAGAACGACAGGGUGUUGUCCAGGGUCACGCCAAGGCUCUUCGCACUCUGGGAGGAGGACACAACGGAGUUGUCAACCGUGAUGGCGAGAUCAUGGAACGGGCAAUCCUUCCCCGGGAGGAAGAGCAGCUCCGUCUUGCCAAGGUUCAGCUUGAGGUGGUGAUCCGUCAUCCAUACUGAUAUGUCUGCCAGACAUGCAGAGAUGCGAUUCGCCACCUGGUUAUCAGAAGGGGGAAAGGAGAAGAUUAGUUGUGUGUCGUCUGCGUAGCAAUGAUAGGAGAGGCCAUGUGAGGACAUGACAGAGCCAAGUGACUUGGUGUAUAGCGAGAAUAGGAGAGGGCCUAGAACUGAGCCCUGGGGGACACCAGUGGUGAGAGCACGUGGUGCGGAGACAGCUUCUCGCCACGCCACUUGGUAGGAGCGACCGGUCAGGUAGGACGCAAUCCAAGAGUGAGCCGCGUCGGAGAUGCCCAGCUCGGAGAGGGUGGAGAGGAGGAUCUGAUGGUUCACAGUAUCAAAGGCAGCAGACAGGUCUAGAAGGACAAGAGCAGAGGAGAGAGAGUUAGCUUUAGCAGUGCUGCUAUAACAGCCUCCACUCUUCUGGGAAAUAUUUCCACUAGAUGUUGGAACAUUGCUGCAGGGACUUGCUUCCAUUCAGCCACAAGAGCGUUAGUGAGGUCGGGCACUGAUGUUGGGUGAUUAAGCCUGGCUCGCAGUCAGCAUUCCAAUUCAUCCCAAAGAUGUUUGAUGGGGUUGAGGUCAGGGCUCUGUGCAGAGCAGUCAAGCUCUUCCACACCGAUUUCGACAAACCAUUUCUGUAUGUACCUCGCUUUGUGCACAGGGGCAUUGUCAUGCUGAAACAGGAAAGGGCCUUCCCCAAACUGUUACCACAAAGUUGGAAGCACAGAAUCAUCUAGAAUGUAAUUGUAUGCUGUAGCGUUAAGAUUUCCCUUCACUGGAACUAAGGGGCCUAGCCCCAAACCAUGAAAAACAGCCCCAGACCAUUAUUCCUCCUCCACCAAACUUUACAGUUGGCACUAUGCAUUCGGGCAGGUAGCGUUCUCCUGGCUUCCGCCAAACCCAGAUUAGUCUGACGAACUGCCAGAUGGUAAAGCGUGAUUCAUCACUCCAGAGAACGGGUUUCCACUGCUCCAGAGUCCAAUGGCGGCGAGUUUUACACCACUCCAGCUAAUGCUUGGUAUUGCGCAUGGUGAGCUUAGGCUUGUGUGCUGCUCGGUCAUGGAAACCCAUUUCAUGAAGCUCCUGACAAACAGUUAUUGUGCUGACAUUGCUUCCAGAGGCAGUUUGGAUCUCGAUAGUGAGUGUUGCAACCGAGGAUAGACGAUUUUUACUCUCUACGCGCUUCAGCACUCGGUGGUCCCGUUCUGUGACCUACCACUUCGCGGCUGAGCCGUUGUUGCUCCUAGACGUUUCCACUUCACAAUAAAAGCACUUACCGUUGCCCGGGGCAACUCUAGCAGGGCAGAAAUUUACAAACUGACUUGUUGGAAAGGAGGCAUCCUAUGACGGUGCCACGUUGAAAGUCACUGAGCUCUUCAGUAAGGGCAUUCUACUGCCAAUGUUUGUCUAUGGAGAUUGCAUGGCUGUGUGCUCGAUUUUAUACGCCUGUCAGCAAUGGGUGUGGCUGAAAUAGACAAAUCCAUUAAUUUGAAGGCGUGUCCACAUACUUUUGUAUAUAUAGUAUGUAUAUAUAUAUAUUUUUUUGUGUGUGUAUUUUACCCCCCUUUUCUCCCCAAUUUCAAUCUUGUCUCAUCGCUGCAACUCCCCAACGGGCUCGGGAGAGUGCGUCCUCCCAAACAUGACCUGCCAAACCGCGCUUCUUAACACCCGCCCGCUUAACCCAGAAGCCAGCUGCCCCAAUGUGUCGGAGGAAACACUGCUCAACUGAUGACUGAAGUCAGCCUGCAGGCGCCCGGCCUCCCACAAGGAGUCGCUAGAGCGUGAUGAGCCAAGUAAAUCCCCCUCGGACGACGCUGGGCCAAUUGUGCGGCGCCUUAUGGGACUCUCAGUCACGGCCGGUUGUGACAGCCUGGGAUCGAACCCAGGUCUGUAGUGACACCUCAAGCACUGCGCCUUAGACCGCUGCACCACUCGGGAGGCCCUUAUAUGUAUUAUUUUUGAUUACUCUGUGCCUUCAUAUGUAGUUACGGCCCUGACAGUAACUUACCUCCAUUUUUAACGAUAAUGAAUAAAGAGAUCUUAUUGAUUGCCAGAAGGGAAAAUGUGUGUUUAGAACUAGUGCAGUGUCAUUUUUUUAAGAAGCAGCAGCUAUUCUUCCUGGGGUCCACACAAAACAUAGAACAUGACAAAAUACAGAACACUAAUGGACAGGAACAGCAACACAUUUAAACUAAAAACACUACGACUAAAGAACAAUAUGACUGUGAUGAGUGUGAUAGAAGGAGUCAGGCGCAGGAGGGUAAUCACCGAAUGCAAAGUUUAUUCCAUCGUACACAAAUAGCGCUGGAUAGCGACAAACGAAACAGGCACAGGGGAAAAUCUACCCUGGCAAUACAAGGUAACGGUAGCUCCAACAAUAACAGGCACAGGGGAAAUAUCUACCCCGGCAAUAACAAGGUAUGAGUAGCUCCACCAAGCUACACUACUCUCACGAACAAACAAUCACGCACAAGGACAAGGGGGGCAGAGGGAACACUUGUACAUGGACUAAUGAGGGGAUAUGAACCAGGUGUGUGUAAUUAACAAGACAAGACAAAUGGAAUGAUGAUAUAUGGAGCGGCAGUGGCUAGUAAGCCGGUGACGACGAACGCCGAAGCCUGCCCGAACAAGGAAGGGAGGCAGCCUUGGCGGAAGUCGUGACAACGACUAGACCUAUAAAAAAAAUGUUUUACAUUAAAAAGCUAUCAAUAGCUGUUUUUACUACCAUCUCUCUCGUGUUCUAGGGCAGUGGUUCCCAAAUUGUGGUCCGCAGAGGUACUGCAGGGGGUCCGCGGCAAGAUGUAAAAAAAAAAAAAAAACAUAUAUAAUAUUGCUAGCAACAACAGAUUAAACAAAUUUGGCCAAGGGGUCUAUGGAAGAAGUUUAAAGGGUGCAAUACAACACAAUACAAUGUAAUAUUAGAUAAUCUACAAUAGGGCUGUUCAAUUCCGGUCCUACUGUUUUUUGUUUCUACUGGGUACUAGGUAAUUGCACUCACCUGGUCUGAAGUCCCUUAUUAGAAGGAGAAGGAUGAAAACCAGAAGUGUUUCGGCCCUCCAGGACCGACAUUGAACAGCCCUGAUCUACAAUAUACCCUGCACAACAGGGCCUGGGAGACUCACAGGGAUCCACAGUUUUCCAUCAAUGAUCCAGUUUUCAACUCAAUACUUCUUGUAUUCCCAUUAUUAUUAUUUUUGAACAUAAAUGCACUGUAAUUUAAGCUUUAAAACUGCAAAAUUCUCUCUCUUCUCCAUGGGAAAAUGUGUAGAGUUGCAGGAAAUUAGCUUUAAAACUGUGUGGGGGGGCUUUAAAACGUUAUUUCACAAAUCAAAUCAAAUCAAAUGUAUUGGUCACAUACACAUGGUUAGCAGAUGGUAUUGCAAGUGUAGCGACAGGGUCCGAGACUUGAUUAGUCUGCCCAUGCACUGCAGCAAUCAUAGUAAAACUCCUUGUUUGCAAUUUUUUAUCACACUCUAAAGUCAGAGUUGUGUUCUGAUUUUGAGGGGGUCCCUGAUGAAUUUGUCAUCACAAAAGGGGUCCACGGCCCCAAAAAAGUUUGGGAACCUAUGUUCUAGGACAGUGGUUCCCAACCAGAGGUACUAGGACCCUUGGGGGUACUUGGCCUAUCUACAGGGGGUACUUGAGAAGACUCAUGAGACCAUAGGCCUUCUGGUAAAAUGCACAUAAGGGGGUACUUCAGGGGUACUCCGGGCAAAGCAGAAUUCAAUUGGUGGUACAGUAAACGAAAAAGGUUGGGAACCACUGUUCUAGGGAACUCGGUUGAGUCAAUUCAAGACUUGUGAUUUCAACAAAGCCCAGUAGAGGGACCCUAUCCCAAGCAGAACAAACAUUCACGUUCUCAUUUUCAAUACCUACAGCUCUCUCUGACCACUCACUAUGUUCCCAAUCUUAUGUUGAACACCCACUCCCCAGGAUUAUGUUGGACCAUUUUCCUUUCCGUUCUUUUCAUUUCUGUUCACACUUGUGUUUGUUUGUGCCUGAGGGUGUGACUGGUAGGCAUGUGAACUAGAGAAGACAAUGGAGUUUUUUGAAAUCCAGACGCACAAAGAGCCAUAGUGGUGCCAUAUGGGAGCUUCCUCUGCUCUGAACUUAACCCUGAACUCCAAACAAAUACAGAUGACAUAUUCAGCAUUUCUCCAUGGUGGCUCGCAUCCAUAUAGAAACCCUAGGUUGUCCAUGUAGACCUGUGGUCGUGUAUCUUUAAGUGUAUGAACAUGAUUUGAAACUUAGUCAUCUGAACAUGCAAAUUAUUGCAUGUGUCCAGCAGUAUUUGUUGUGUCACAGUAUGACUACACUCAUGUUUGUCGAUAUGCCCAAAAUUGGCUAAUGUAACACUUCCAAUGUGCCAAGUGUAAUGACACAUAUUCCAAAAUGAAUUUGUACAUUCAAUACAUAUCGAACAACAAUAGCUCAAGUGUGCUAAGGAAACAAUGUAUACUCAGGCACUGCACAACAUGCACCAGCAAAUCAACCAUAGUAGCAUACGCCACCACUGUGUAGUACUCAACUGAAAGGUAAACAAAGUAAAACCUGAUGAUUAAGUCAGAAGGCCCAUUCUGAAGGCUUUAAACUGGGCCGCCGAGGAGAAAAGCUCUGAAAGUGCCAGCGAGAGAAAGACACGGGCAGAGAUUUUUGAUGGAAACUAAAUUUAGACUGGCAUCUACUUCAAAUAGAAACCCUCCAUACAUAUUUAUGAAUGAAGGGAAGACUAUGGUCUCGGCGAUGGGAGUGGGGGAAGGAGAGAAAGAGGGAGCCCGAUUCACCUGAAAACCUAUUUUGAGAUAUUCUGCCUCUAUUCUCAGCAUGGAGAGGCUAUUUUUAGCAGUGCAGAGGCAGAAGCGAUUAUGCUGCAGAUGCACAAAUAGCCGUACAGUCAGUGUGUAGAAUCAGCCAGAGGAGGAAGAGAGAGAGGGAGCAAUUGCACAGUUAUUUUUAGGACACUACACACAACACAUUCUCACACUCUCACACACACGUAUAUACACGCACAGCUCCCCUCGCAAUGCCACCUUGUUCAAUGUACUCACGCUCAGUAUAUACACUAUGAGCGAAAUGCCCUAAUGUGCCUCAGAUUUGAACAGCCUGUUCUCUCUCUCUCUCUCUCUCUCUCUCUCUCUCUCUCUCUCUCUCUCUCUCUCUCUCUCUCUCUCUCUCUCUCUCUCUCUCUCUCUCUAUCUCUCUCUCUAUUUCUCUCUCCCCAUAUCUCUUUGCUUGUCUCAGCAUUGAACAGUCUGUGCUCCUACAUAGUAAUACAGAGUUCUUCAAUUCCGGUCCUGGAGGGCCGAAACACCUCUGUUUUUCAUCCUCUCCUUCUAAUCAGGGGCUAAUUCAGACCUGGGACACCAGGUGAGUGCAAUUAACUACCAGGUAGAAAUAAAAAACAGAAGUGUUUCGGCCCUCCAGGACCGGAAUUGAAGAACCCUGUAGUAAUACAUCAUAAUUUGGUGGAUGCUAAUAUUUGUCCUGUUUCACACAUGUACAAGUGUGUAUUAUACGCAUGUGUGAAUUGGUAAUGUGUUUUUUGCAUAUCCCAACUCCCCCUGAGACACCCUAGGAGAGUGGGGCCACGGCCAGUGUCUGCCCUGUCUCUCUCUGUGGCUACAUUAUCUAUAGUAUUCUGUGUCAUAUGAAUGGAGGAGGGCUUCUGCAUUGAUGACAUAACACACUGUAACAGACCAGCGUCUUGUCCUCAUGCAACAUCCCAGGGAAUGAAGUGGAUGGUGAAUUGAAUGGAGAGGCUACUGUAGCCAUUUUGACAUUAUAGAUUUUUGGCUUGCCUAUUGUUCUCUCAAUUUGACUUGUAUGUUUUUGGUUUUAAUCCUAAAACAGGUAUAUAAUAGAUUGUGUAGAUAUACAUUUUACUUACAUUUUAUAAAAUGUUACUAACAGAUAAUACAUUAAAUGUAUAAAUCGUGUUCCUGCAUAUAGACAUAGUACUUUAUGCUGUGAUGUAUUCAAUAUAACAGGUGUUUUGGCAAUCUAAUGUACUAUGACCACAAGAAUGUAUGAAGUAUGGACUGCAUCCAUCUGAAAUGAUCUAUUAUCUAUCAAUAUCCAUGUCUAUGCACCUGACUGCCAGCAAAGAAAUCCUUCCAGUGGGGUUCCCAAAGCAGGCAGAAAGUUUGAUUUUGCCAUGAAGCCACUGGAUCUACUGUUUUAUUGCUGUUUAAUAGCUCAUCGGACAAACAACAGAUGUUAUUGUUGUCUAAUUGCCUCACAGUGGUGGAAAAAGUACCCAAUUGUCAUACUUGAGGUAAAGUAAAGAUACUUUAACAGAAAAUGACUCAAGUAAAAGUGAAAGUCACCCAGUAAAAUGCUACUUGAAUAUAUUUAAGUAUCAAAAGUAAAUGUAAUUGCUAAAAUAGACUUAAGAAUCAAAAGUAAAAGUACAUUCCUUAUAUUAAGGAAACCAGACAGCACGAUUAUCUUGUUUUUUAAAUUUACGGAUAGCCAGGGGCACACUCCAACACUCAGACAUAAUUUACAAACAAAACAUUUGUGUUUAGUGAGUCCGCCAGAUCAGAUGCAGUAGGGAUGACCAGGGAUUUUCUCUUUAAGUGCGUGAAUUGGACAAUUGUCCUGUCCUGCUAAGCAUUCAAAAUGUAACAAGUACUUUUGGGUGUCAGGGAAAAUGUAGUAGUAAGUAGAAAGUACAUCAUUUUCUUAAGGAAUGUAGUGAAGUAAAAGUAGUCAAAAAUAUAAAUAAUAAAGUAAAGUACAGAUACCCCAAAAAACGACCUAAGUAGUACUUUAAAGUAUUUUUACUUAAGUACCUUACACCACUGUUGCCUCAUGUCAUCAGACGAGAGACAUCUCCGGGGAAAGUUCUAGCUCAGUUAGUUUCAAUUACAUAUUCCAUAACUGUUUUAGAAUGAUUGUUUUAUUUUUUCAUAUCACUCUGCACUAAUUAUUUGCAAAGGGAUGAGCUACAUCCAGUCUCUGUCUAAGAACUGCCACGGUUUCUACAACGGUUGUUUGCUAAAGCGCUGAUUUCUGCUCUGGAGUUCAUCAGAACCUGCAUACAAAGUGGAGCAACGCUUGGAUGUUAGCAGAGGUUGUGGGACUGUGGAUGUGGAUCAAGGUGGAAUUGCCUUAAUUGCUGGAGACGGACCAACCCCAUUGUGAUUGGGACACUCCACUCUACCUAAGUCUAUAGUCUAUACAUAGCACAACUCACAUGCUACCACAUCAAUACUGCAGGGCUAUUUUUAACUCCACCGAAUCCUACAUCACACUGACCUUGCAGCCCGAUCAAUGCGUGGCUGCAUCCCAGUUCCCUCUACUAUAGGCAGUGCAGUGCCGACUCUUGGCCGCGUCUCAAUAGUCUACAGUGCCUUCCUUAUCUCAUCUCCUUCCCUUUGUCUGUACAGAUCUGAAAACGCUCUGCUGGUGGAUGUGAUGGGGCAGAUAUGUAGUGUAGAAUUCAUUUGGGGAUCUCCUUUGAUCCACCUGUGUUUUUAAGAUCUGUUGCAGAUGAGGGGAGGAGACGAGGAGAGGAAGCCUCUUUAGACUAUUGAGGUGCAUUAUUAUCAAAGAGAACUGUUCAUGCAUGUCAACCUUGGCUACGCAUGGCAGAGAUGCAGUAAUCUUAAUCCAUAUGGAUGUGUUCAUAUCUAUAUGAAUUGCCUUAAAGAUGGUUUAUAGUUUAUAGAAUUGCGAUAAAGAUGGUUUAUAGUUUAUAGAAUUGCGAUAAAGAUGGUUUAUAGUUUAUAGGAGUCCUGGUAGCAGCUACCUCAGGCUGACCCUCGUCAGCAAACAGCCAGCUCCCACAGUCUGACCAGCCAACACCAUUCAGACACAGUGUUCUUCCUGAGUGCCAUUGAAAUGUUAUCUGACGUACCCAACUCCACAAUGCAUUACUUUAUGUUUUUGUUGCCCUCUUAACCACCAAUUUUUUCUUUCAUAUCAGGUUUAUUGGUGUGACUUGGAACAAUGAUGGGCUUUUUUUAAAUGCUGCCAUUUCCUGUGCUUUUGAUAAAUCACAUUCAUUGUUGAAAGGGUUUUGUGCGAUGAUUGACACCAUUUAUAUUUUUAGUUUGGGCUUUCUCAAAUGAACUCAAUUUGUUGAGAGGGGGUGGGGGAAGGGGGGCUUGAUGCCUUUGUCUGGUCUACCUGAGACCCGUUGGUGACGUUUGACUUGACAUCAGUCUCAAAGAAAAGUGCAUUGUUGUGAAUGAUUAAAAUAUUUUGUGUAUUGUGCGAUAACUGAAUGUGCAUGUGUGCUGUGUGCACAAGGUGUGUUCAAUUUAUUGAGUGAUGGAGCAUCAUUUGUGAAGUGGAUGAUUUUUGGAGUAUGAUUAUUACAAUGAUGAAUGAUAGGAAGAAAUUAGGGAGAACUGGAUUUUGAGAACAUUGAAUUGUUUUCUCAUCUUCCUCUUUGUCUCCCCCAUAGUUUUGAUGUUGAGAAUGGAUUGUCGGUGGGGCGCAGCCCUCUGGACCCCCAGGCCAGUCCCGGCUCCGGCCUUGUGCUCCAGGCCAAUUAUACCCAUAGCCAGCGCCGGGAGUCCUUCCUCUACCGCUCCGACUCUGACUUUGACCUAUCACCCAAGGCCCCCUCGAGGAACUCCUCCACUGCCAGUGAGCUGUAA